GGUUACCAUAGCAACCAGGUAUACAAGAACCACACAGGUGGGUCAGCUUCAAGACCAGCUAAGACCAGGAUCAGGGAGUCCUGAGGGUCAGCUGAUCAGACCGACGCUCUCAGGUACCGGGUCAUCCAUGAGUCUAUAGAUCUAGAGUCUGCAGAUCUAGAGUCUACAGAUCUAGAGUCUGUAGAUCCGCCUCUGUUCGUCCCUCUGAUGUCAGGAACUUUAGAGUCCACCUUGACCUGGUCUCAGAGUCUUCAGAACCAUCAGGACUUUGUGAACCAGAUCACCGGUUUAUGGAUCCGGACUCUCAGACUCCGGUUCUGGUUUUUCUUUUUUCAGCACAACUGGGUCUCCAGGAGGGCCGACCAGGGUCCAAAGACCAUCGAGCAGAUCCACAAGGAGGCCAAGAUCGAGGAGCAGGAGGAGCAGAGGAAGGUCCACCAACAGCUGCUGUCCAAGGACAGCAAGAGGAGACCGGGUCAGAACCACACACACACACACACACACACACAGGACAGCAAGAGGAGACCGGGUCAGAACCACACACACACACACACACACACACACACACACACACACACACACACAUAGUGGUUUGAGUUCCCUGAUCGAUCAGACCGACACACUGCUGACUGUUUGUGUUGUAUUUCUGAUUGUGUGUUUGUGUGUAUGUAUGUGUGUAACUCUGAUUGUGUGUUUGUGUGUGCGGACUCUUAGACCCCCGAGAGCAGAGAGAGCAGAGAGACCAGCGGGUCCAGAGAGAAGAGACCUGGAACACUGUGCCCAUGACCAAGAACAGCAGGACCAUCGACCCCACCAAGAUCCCAAAGAUCUCCAAGGUGAGUCCACUUCACACUCUGGUCCUCCAUAAACACCAGGUGCAGGUGGAGCUGAUCUUCUCUGAGGAGCGUAUCUUCUCUGAUCUUCUCUGAGGAACUGAUCUUCUCUGAUCUAUUCUGUGGAGCUGAUCUUCUCUGAGGAGCUGAUCUUCUCUGAUCUUCUCUGAGGAGCUGAUCUUCUCUGAUCUUCUCUGAGGAACUGAUCUUCUCUGAUCUUCUCGGUGGAGCUGAUCUUCUCCGAGGAGCUGAUCUUCUCUGAUCUUCUCGGUGGAGCUGAUCUUCUCUGAUCUUCUCUGAGGAGCUGAUCUUCUCUGAUCUUCUCUGAGGAACUGAUCUUCUCUGAUCUUCUCGGUGGAGCUGAUCUUCUCUGAGGAGCUGAUCUCUGAUCUUCUCGGUGGAGCUGAUCUUCUCUGAUCUUCUCGGUGGAGCUGAUCUUCUCUGAGGAGCUGAUCUUCUCUGAUCUUCUCUGAGGAGCUGAUCUUCUCUGUGGAGCUGAUCUUCUCUGAUCUUCUCUGUGGAGCUGCUUUUGGAUUCAGAAGAACCAUCAGAAGAGAGUCGGCCCAGAGAGUGAACAUGGGUCCUGAAGGAAACAGCUGAUGUGAAGGAUCCUCCACCAUGUUUCAGUUUCAGUGAGCUCCUCCACCUUUAACACCGUCACUGGGUCGGUCCAGUUCUGGGAUGUUCCUCACGUCCGGAUCUGAAGUUCUUCCACAUCAGUCUGGUUCUGCUGUGGGUCUUUGAGUUCCUGAACUCAGCAGCAGCUCCUCAUCCACACACAUGCACGCACACAAACACACACGUGCACACACACACACACACACACACACACACACACUUGCAUGAUUGGUGUUUCUGUAGUAUCUUGACCCUCUGCUGGUCACAUGAGGAACUGCAUUGGAUUUCUGGUUUGUGGAGCUCCCCCUGCUGGAGAAGUUCUGUCAUGACUUAAAAACUUCAUAAUUCAUAUAUUUGAUUUUAUAUUUUAGGAACAGCUGAUUAAACAUAAAACUGUGUUUUACCAGAACUUUCUUUUUAACUGUUUGAGUUUUUAAACGUCACCAGGAUCUGUGGUAGAGCUGAGGGAGAUCAUGAAAUCAUGUUCUAAAGUAUUUCAGCUCUGAAAAUCUCAGUUUUCUGUUUUUGUUUUCUGCAGCCUCAAAUGGACGAGAAGAUCCAGCUGGGUCCACGAGCUCAAGUCACGUGGGUGAAGGGCAGCAGCGGAGGAGCCAAAGCCAGCGACUCUGGUGAGAAAAGACAGAGAAAUCCUGUUUAGUCAGGAGUGAGAGAAGGUUCAGAAGGACGUGAGGAGGAUCUUCAUCAGGCUUUAGCAGCAGGUUUCCUCAGACUGGUUUCAUCCCAGGAGAGAAGAAGGAUGGAGGGAAACUCUGAGUGUUUGUGGCGUCUUGUUUGGUUAAGGUCGAGCUUCUUCAGGUCCUCAGAUUUCAUCACAUGACAUCAUGAGACUGACUUUAAUAUCUACAGAGAUGAUCAAAUCAGAUCAUCUCAGACACUUGAGCUCCGAAUUUUAGAAAAGAAACAUCUUCAGACAUGGUCGAAGAAAAUCAGGUUUUUAGUGAGGAGGUCACUGACACGGCGUUUUAGUGAGGAGGUCACUGACACGGCGUUUUAGUGAGGAGGUCACUGACACGGCGUUUUAGUGAACUAAAGAUCGAUCAGUGCUCAAAAUCAUCCAGAAAAUAACAGGAGGUCACGACUCCCAUGAUCCUUCACUCAUCCACACCGUCAUGGAGAUGCAGAUCUCUGGUCUGUGAUUGGUCGCAGAGGUGGCUGUAAACACGACUCUCUGUGUCUCUCUGCCCCUCCCCCCCUUAGAACUCUCUCGGACCGCCGGCCUCAAUCGUUACUCUGCGCUCCAAUCAACUCCUUCCCCUCAGCCCUCUACCGCUCCUCCUCAGAACCAGGACUUUGACUCCAGGAGGACUCUGGGAAGGUACGGGUCAGAACCAGUUUCUCUUGGACUGUUUGGUUCUUUUUCAGACGAGUGAAUUUCUUCUUCGUUGGUGUUUGCGUCUCCAUAGUCGUAGCAGUACAGGAAGGGAGCGCAGCGAGAAGCCCCUGAUCUCGGCUCCUCCGUCCUCGAGACCCGGACCCUUCGUCAGGGGGGGCAGUUCCAAGGAGCUGCUGGAGAGUCCAAGUCCUGAGGAGCCCAGAAGAGACCGGGUACGAGAGGGAGCCGAGCCCCGGAGACCGAGUGUAACAGAGGACAAACCGGAACUGGAGCGCAGCAGAGUCAGGGAGCCAGGUAAGACCCUCAUCCUGACCCUGACCCUGACUUUGACCAUAAUCCCUUACCCUGACCCUGACCCUGACCCUGACCAUAAUCCCUGACCCUGACCCUGACCAUAAUCCCUGACCCUGACCCUGACCCUGACCUUGACCAUAAUCCCUAAUCCUGACCCUGACCCUGACCAUAAUCCCUAAUCCUGACCCUGACCCUGACCAUAAUACCUUACCCUGACCCUGACCCUGAAGACUGACUCUGACUCUGGAAGCUCCUGUCACACCGGGAGCGUUUUUUUCGUGCGAUUAUUUCGGACGUCAAUAUUUUUUUUGAACCCGUAUCCUGUCAACACAAGUGUCACAUCAGCAACGUUUUCCCGUCCUGCGAUAUUGCAGCAUUUAUUUUUUUCGGAUCACGGUCGAAUUUUCAGUUACACAGACUGUGUGUCCACUUCUGACCAAUCAGAUUUCGUGUUGUUGUGACGUCAGAUUCACCGGUAUAUCCAACAUGGCCGAUAAAAGACACAAACAUUACAAAGAGAACGACCUGAAGGACGACUUGUGGAGAGUCAUAGUGUCGGAUUUCUCCGAUGACGAUGGUUUGUGAGCUUUAACAGUUUGAUAAACGUCUUUGUUCGAACUUUCAUCUGUGCUAACGUAACUUUAGCUCUAAGCUAACCUGUUCAGAUACAACAGACCAUCUGUAUUUUCACUGUAAACUCAGUCUCAGCUCCAUCAGGUCUCUGUUGUUCCCUUACGUUUAUGGAUUAUAGUUUCAUGUUCUUAUCUGGUUCUGACCCGACUCAGUCCAUCAUGACAGACAGACAUCAGAACUGAGAAACACUCAGUCUGCUGUUGGAUCAGUCUUCUCACUUCCACCCGGGACGCGUCUUUUUUACCCCGGAGAGUCGCAGAAUCACAUUGAUGUGGUCAGUCCGGCGCGUCAAAAUUCGCCUCUGAAUAUUUCGUAAUUUUGCGUCGUUCCCGGUGUGUACGGACCUUCAGCGCUGAUCAGUUUUUUUUCUGUUGUUUGAAACCAUGAGAGUUUAAAACAGUUUCAAGUGUUCAGGCUGUUUUUUCUGACUGUUGAUGUCUUUGUUACUGACUGAAUGGUUGAACUGUUCUGAUUGGAUGGUGUCCUCAGGUCACCUGAGUCACACCUGAGUCAUGUGACCCGAGUCUGAAUCCUAGAAGUCAUGAGUCAGCUGAACGGUCAUUUUCUCAUCAGUCAAAGAACUUGUUUGUGAUUGGAUAAAUCUGUCUCAUGGAGGUCUUUCUGAUUGGUCACAAACGUCACAGGUGUGAACACAUCAACCACACCUGCCCCACGCCGCCGCCGCCGCCUCACCUGUUUGUUUGUUUGUUUGUUUGUUUGUUUGUUUGGGUUGACAGUGAAACCUGAACCCGUCGUACCGACCCCGGACAGACCGGCUCUGUCUGAGGAGGAGGUGGAGAGGAAGUCCAAGUCCAUCAUUGACGAGUUCCUGCACAUAAACGACUACAAGGUACACACACACACACACACACACACACACACACACACACACAGAGUCCUAACCCCGCCUCUCUCUCUGUCCUGCAGGAGGCAGUUCAGUGCGUGGACGAGCUUCAGCUGGGCUCUCAGCUGCACGUUUUCGUUCACGUCGGCGUGGAGUCGACUCUGGAGCGCAGUCAGAUCACACGGGACCACAUGGGUCAGCUGUUCUUCCAGCUGCUGCAGCAGGGACUCCUGCCCAGACCCCAGUUCAUCAAAGGGUCAGUCCACCUGCCGGUUUUUAACCACGCCAUAGAGGCGGGGUCGAUCAGCUGACGCUCAAAAAUCCAACAUGGAAAAAAAGACGUUUUUCAGGAACUAAAGAUGAAGGAACUAAAGUUGUGUUGUUGUUGUUUCCUCAGGUUUGCAGAGACACUGGAGCAGGCGGACGACGUGGCCAUCGACAUUCCCCACAUCUGGCUGUAUCUUGGCGAGCUGCUCAGCCCCGUGCUGAGGGAGGGGGGGGGCUUCUCUAUGAGAGACCUCUUUAGGUACGGAGGACGGACUCCGAGAGUCGAACCCUGAACCAGAAUAAACCUGAUCGUAUCAUUAUGAAUAAAAAGGCAGGGCUGGUUCUGGUUCUGGUUCUGGUUCUGGUUCUCUGGGUUCUUUUUGACCUGAUUUUUCAUUGAACGUCUUUGGUUUCUUCGUCUUUCUUGCGCCUCACGUCCGUCUGUGUUUUUGUCCACAGUGAACUAAGCAAACCUUUGCUUCCUGUGGGAAGAGCUGGGAUCUUAAUUUCUGAAAUUCUGCACAUACUAUGCAAACAAAUGGUGAGAAACACGUCUGUGUGUGUGUGUGUCUGUGUGUGUGUGUGUGUCUGUCUGUCUGUCUGUCUGUCUUUGUUUCUGCGCCUCUUCUUGUUAUAGUGGAGGAAUAAAUUUCACUUUCAUGUCAUCAGAGCGAAAUAAACGAUAAAUCCUCCGAUUUUCUGUCAUCAUGACCAUUAAUCACCAAAACUGAUCGGCUGUUUUUCAGCAGCUCCUUCAGUCGACAGAAUAAAACCGAUUUCUGACAUGAGAUGUCCAACAUGUCCUCUUCUUGUCCCCACAGAGCCAUAGGACUGUGGGUUCUUUGUGGAGGGACUCUGGCCUCAACUGGACCGACUUCCUGCCUGAAGGAGAGGACGUCCAGACCUUCAUCUCACAACAGGUCAGUGAAACAAAACCUGGACACAGACGAGGAGAAAUCAGUCUACUCUUCCUUCGCUAUUCAGCCUCUUUUUCAUCCUUCCUUCAUCUACAGAAGCUCCAGUUCGUUCUGUCGGACGACUCCGGCUCUGAGGCGUCUCAGUCUAAGAGGAUUCUGUCUCCAGAAGAGCUGAGUCAGCAGCUGGAGAAACUCCUCCUGGAGGACAUGGCCAGUGACGAGCAGAUCUUUGACUGGGUGGAGGUGAGGAGAGACGGAUGAAAACGCAAAAGACGAGACAGACGAGUGACACUCAGAGACAAAAGAUGAGUUCAUGAUGGUGAAGAGGCGCACAGGUAGAGAGGCGAACAGGUAGAGAGGUAGAGAGGUGAACAGGUAGAGAGGCAAACAGGUAGAGAGGUGAACAGGUAGAGAGGUGAGAGGUAGAGAGGUAGAGAGGCGACCAGGUAGAGAGGUGAGAGGUAGAGAGGUAGAGAGAUAGAGAGGCGAACAGGUAGAGAGGUAGAGAGGCGAACAGGUAGAGAGGUAGAGAGGCGAACAGGUGGAGAGGCGAACAGGUAGAGAGGUAGAGAGGUAGAGAGGCGAACAGUUAGAGAGGCGAACAGGUAGAGAGGCGAACAGGUAGAGAGGUGAACAGGUAGAGAGGUGAACAGGUAGAGAGGCGAGAGGUAGAGAGGUGAACAGGUAGAGAGGCGAGAGGUAGAGAGGUGAACAGGUAGAGAGGUGAACAGGUAGAGAGGCGAGAGGUAGAGAGGUGAGAGGCAAACAGGUAGAGAGGUAGAGAGGUGAGAGGCGAACAGGUAGAGAGGUGAGAGGUAGAGAGGUGAACAGGUAGAGAGGUGAGAGGUAGAGAGGUAGAGAGGUGAACAGGUAGAGAGGUGAGAGGUAGAGAGAGAGGUAGAGAGGUGAACAGGUAGAGAGGUGAACAGGUAGAGAGGUGAGAGAGGUAGAGAGGUAGAGAGGUAGAGAGGUGAGAGGUGAACAGGUAGAGAGGUAGAGAGGUGAACAGGUAGAGAGGUAGAGAGGUGAGGUAGAGUAGAGAGGUAGAGAGGCGAACAGGUAGAGAGGUAGAGAGGUGAACAGGUAGAGAGGUAGAGAGGCGAACAGGUAGAGAGGUAGAGAGGCGAACAGGUAGAGAGGUAGAGAGGCGAAGAGGUAGAGAGGUGAGAGGCGAACAGGUAGAGAGGUAGAGAGGCGAACAGUUAGAGAGGCGAGAGGUGAACAGGUAGAGAGGUGAACAGGUAGAGAGGCGAGAGGUAGAGAGGUGAACAGGUAGAGAGGUGAACAGGUAGAGAGGUGAGCGGUAGAGAGGCGAGAGGCGAACAGGUAGAGAGGUGAACAGGUAGAGAGGCGAGAGGUAGAGAGGUGAACAGGUAGAGAGGCGAACGGGUAGGUCACUGAGAGGUGGGACAGAAACGUGGAUCUGGUUGUCCUGCAGACUACAUUCGGGUAUCCUGCUCAGACCUUUAUGGACGAUGAAGACCGGUCCACCUCUGCCCCUGUCAGUGUGGAUCAGAUCCUCUAAAUGAGACCUGGUCCCUGUGAGGCUCCCGUCUCCUGUCUCACCUGUGUGUCCUGUGGAAGGACGCCUCGCCCGUGUUCACACCUUAUAAAAAUGGAAGGUCCACACGAAUGAUCAUGUUGACGAGGUUUACUGGUUACAGAUCCGGGUUCAUCAGGCCACAGGUGUAACAAAGACUGGUCUGAGACCGCUCAGGUUCAUGUAGUCGUCCACGUUUCUAAACUUAGUGCUGACAUUUAGUUGACCGUAAGAAAAAUCCAUUUACGUUAAGAACAAAGAACAGAAUAUUUGAAGGAGCUUUAGGUGAACAUAUGGAGGGUCCACAGAAGGAAAUACGCUGACAGAACACAUUUUGGGGACCUGUGUGAUGUCAAACAUGGGCUCCAGCACUCUGACACUGAAGUAUCUGAGGUAUUUGAGUGACACAGCUCCACCACUCUAAAGAAACUCCUCCUAACAUCCUGUGAUCUACUGUCGAUGGUUUUAACUCUGUAAAUCUUUAAAUGUGCGUCUCUUUGGCAGGCUAACCUGGAUGAAUCUCAGAUGAGCUCGUCUCCCUUCCUGAGGGCGUUGAUGACAGCUGUGUGUAAGGCAGCGGUGAAGGGUAAGUCCUCCACCACCUGGAGGAGGAGCCGUUUAUUCUCUGAUUGGAAUAUUUACUCGUCUUUACAGCGAGCUGGCGCUCACUCUGCAUGCUGCUUUUCUCCUCCUCCUCCUCACACAGAUGAUAACACCAACUGUCGAGUGGACACGGCCAUCAUCCAGAAGAGAUUGCCCGUUUUACUCAAGUACCUUAACUCAGACACUGAGCGACAGCUGCAAGCACUUUAUGCACUUCAGGCGCUGAUCGUCGCCCUCGAUCAGCCUCCGAGUAAGUGCUGCAUCAUCUCUCACUCCUCCUUCCUCCUCAUCUUCCUCUAACGACUCGAACGGUUUCUUUUUAUCAUCAUCCUCAUGACUUCUGAUCAGAGGGGCUGUGUGUGUUGUGAUCAAUAAUUAAACCUCACGUCCCAAGUGUGGUUUUUACCGUCCCACUGGGUCUGUGAAGUAUUUCAGCUGUGACUAAAAUUCUAAUGGAAUAAAAAUCUGCGAUCUAAUGACGCCCUGAUAAUUUCAGAGGUCCAGAUGUAAAUAAGUUUGUUGACCUGAGGUGGUUUGUACCAGCAGAGCCUCAGUCCUUCAGAUUAUUGCUGCUAACGCUCGAUGAUCCACCUGUCAGUUUUAUCCUGGCAGGUGAGCUCAACACUUUCACAGCAGCGUCAGAGCUUCUCCUCCGGCCCUCAGUGAUUGGUUGUGCUACAGCUUAGCCACGACACAUGACCACCAUUUCAGUUUCACGAGGAUGACAGCAUCAUUUCUUUGUGCCCACUAGUCAGGCUGCUGCAGACCCUAAAACCCUUUAACCGAGACGUUUUAAAAGCGGUUAGGAGUCGACAGAAAGAGUUCAGGUUUUGUCUCUGCUCUGUCUCUCUUCCCCGCAGACCUUCUCCGGAUGUUCUUUGACUGUUUGUAUGACGAGGACGUCAUCUCGGAGGACGCUUUCUACAAAUGGGAGUCCAGCAAAGACCCCGCCGAGCAGCACGGUAAGGGUGUGGCCCUCAAGUCCGUCACGGCCUUCUUCACCUGGCUGCGGGAGGCGGAGGAGGAGUCGGAAGACAAUUGACAAGAGGGCGACGCCCGGGGACUCGACAUCGUAGAAACUGCGUCUUCACAGCAGAACAAACAAACAAACGUUCAAAAUGGGUGUGUGAGCAGGACGACAUGUUUACGGCUGGAAUUUUUUUCUGCGGUACGGUUCUGAAACAUGCCGCCAUUUUGAGUUUGGAUUCCAACGGCGGAAGCACUAAAUACCUGUAUUAUACAUAGAAAAUAUUUUUGUUUUAAAUUUUAACUUACUUUUCUUUUGUUACUUUUUAAGAAGAGACUUAAAGAAACAUAGGUUCUGGACUCGUUAAUUUAUUAUUUUUUUAAGGACUGCAAAUAUGAAAGUUAUUUAACAUUUGCAGAGGCUCACAAAUGAGAACAAGACGACAGAAUAACAAUAUAAUGAUUAUAAAAAUAACAAAAUAAUAAUAAUAAGAAUAAUGGUGAAUUAAAUAGCCUCCCUGGACUCCACACUGUUUGGUUUAAAACAGGGUCAAAGUUAUUUUGGGAUGAAGGGGAAGCAGAGAUAAAAAAACAACAAAACACAAAAAAAAGGAGCUGAUGCAAAGAAACUAUUAACGUUGUCUGUUGUAUGACGUUUGAGGUCAAAGGUUAUAUGUCCUGAUAACCAGGAAGUGUUACCCUCAGCCUUGGCUUGCUCUGCGUUGUUAAUGUACAUACGCCUCAUGAGAGGUUAAAGGUAUGCAUUCAAGAAACGACGCAAGUCAGUGCACAGAACUGUCGGCGCAAACGCAGACGAACAAAAACGGAGAAAUGAGCAAAAAUGCAACUUUAAAAAGCAAAUGGCCGAGGUCGCUGAACAUGAACAUGCUUGUAAUACUUGAGACCUACAGAGCAGAUUAAAGCUUGUAAAUACAUUAAAGACAAAAACGGUAUUUAAAACGGCCCGCUCUCAUCA